AUGGCCAACCAAGCGCCGCAAAGGCAGGCCCUGGUGCUCUCCUGUGAAGUCCCUGGUGAGGAUCCACUCCCAGGUGCAAGGUACAAUGCGGAGAAGUUGAGCAAAUUCUUCCGCAGGGCAAAUGUGCCUACUGGAUGCGUUUACGGCAGGAAGCUGACCCUGGACCGAGCCAAAGAAGACAUCAACGAUUUCUUUUCUGUACAUUGCGAUGUGCAUGUUCUUUAUGGAAUUUUCCAUGGCCGUCAGGGAUCUUGGAAAUUGUCUGAUGGUACCACCCUUGGGCUUACUGACAUUCUGGAGCAGUGGGAUUUGGCCAAACAACAGGGGACGGCCCAAUGCCUUCUUAUUGUUUCUGAUUCCUGUGAGUCGGGGCAGAUGGUGAAUGAAGCUGCUCUCCUGGGCCGAGAAGACAUUGCCGUGCAAGCAUCCUGUGCUAGAGGCAGUACUUCUCACGAUGUGGUGGGAGAAACCUUCACUGAGUAUUUGCUUUGGAACCUGCAGGGGCGCAGUACUGCAAACAAACGAGGCAGUGACAUGCUAAUUCAUAUUGAGAGGGCGCUGCUUCAGUUUGGCCCAUGCUAUUAUUGUCCAGAUCCAAGCAACUUUAGGGGCUGGGUGUUUAUCAAUGAAGAUGGAGCGGACCCAAGCUCGUCCCACAGUGUUUCACUGGCAUCUGAUACAUCUGACACGACCAGCCAAAUGUCAGGGCCAGAAGAAGCAUUUUGCCAAAGGUCACCUGAACCUGAGGGUGCAACUGCCCUAGAUAGACGCACGAGUGUUUGUCACAAAGCCAGAGCCAUGACAAAUCCCACCGCACGAGCCCUGGUGCUAUCUGGCGAGGUUCCAGGCGAAGCACCGCUCUUAAGAGCCUGGGACGAUGUGGAGAUCCUUAUCGCGACUAUAAAGGCCUUUUGGGAGGCGAAUUGGCCUGCUCAAUUUGCUUGUGGCGGAAAGCUGACUCUGGACCGAGCCAAAGAUUACAUCAAUGAUUUCUUUUCGAUACAUUGCGAAAUGCAUGUUCUUUACGGAAUCUUCCACGGGCAUGCGGGCUCUUGGAAAUUGUCUGAUGGGAUGGCUGCCCCCGCGCGGCUGGAUCUGCCGCCCUGUGGGCCCAAAAUUGAAGCGACAGUGGACAUCAGCGACGACGAAGCGCCCAAGCCUCGGCCGCACGUGUCCAAGUUCGACGCGCCGCAGACGGUGACCAUCGGUGGACAGGGUCAAGCUGCUGCUGACGUCGAGAUGGAGGAGGAUGAUGAUGAGCCAUUUGAGACUGAGGACGACGGCCUGGUGGAUGGUGACGAUCGCCGGGAAGACGUGUUGCAGUGCCGCGCGCUGGGUGAAAGGGCCUUGAGGAACGGUGACGUCUCGGAAGGCAUCCGCUUGUUGGAGAAGGCCAUGCGCCUUGGCGGCUGUCCCGGACUGGAGGACACACUUCGCGCUGCCCGUGCCCAAGCCGAAAGCGUUGAUGCCACACCGACACCUGCGCGGGCGCAGGAGCCCAAAGCCGACGAAAUGAACGGUGGUUUGGUGCCUGACAGGUAUGCCUGGUCACAGACCAAGGAGACGGUUGAGCUGAACCUCUUUGUCCCCGAGGACGCUAAGGCUAAAGAUGUUGAGGUGCUGGUCACCGAGAGCACUUUGAAAAUCAGCCUGGCCAAGGUCGUUCUAUUCUCGGGCGACUGGGAGUUUAAGGUGGAGCCGGAAGAGGACCCGGAUUGGGAACUGAAACUGCGUGAUGGCCGGCGGGUCUUGAGACUUUCAGUUCGCAAGGCUCCGCUGCCCGGAGGCUUCAGCGUCUCGGUGUGGUGGAGUCGCGUUUUGAAGGGCGAAGCUGCCAUCGACGUCAAGGACCUCGAGGGCCGGAAACGAGACCGCGGCAAGAGCGAUGAGUUCAAGAAAGCUUGGACAGAAGCACACGACAUGUUCAAAGAAGCAGUGAAGAAGCGCACGCCCAUCCCCAUCGAUCUGGGUGGCUAAUGUGGCGAGGACAGAGGUUGGUGGUGAUUGCGCCGUUGGCCACUGGAG